CUGAAAACUUCGAGUUGUGUGAUUGGAAAAAAAUGCACUUGAAUGGCGCCAAGUUAUUCCGUCACAAAAGCUAUGAAGUUAAGUCAGUUAAAGUAGGAUUUCUCUUGUCAUCUAGUGAAAGCACAUGUGUGAGAUUAAUUUCUCACAGCUUGUUACGAAACAGUUUUAGAACGUUUAUAAGAGGUUUUGAAGGGAGCAGAAUUUUUACCAAGUGCAAAAGGGCUCGUUUUUCGUACUGGGCUCUUUUGAAGGCAGAAGAGGGAACAACAGAAAAAGAUAAUGUAAAAAACCAAGCCAUGCAUAUUUAUUGUUUUUCUAAUUUUGCACGGCUAUCUACAAAAGCUGUUCUUUGUCUAUUGCUUUUAACCUUUGUUUUGACCAACUACUGGUGGGUGCCUCCUGGACUUGAAGCCUUUGCUUUCGAAAACAAGUCUUUGAUUCGCGAAAAUGCUUCUUCUACCUUAAAGCAACAGGAAAAAGAUGUCAUCGAACUUUUUCAGAAUGCGACUCCUUCCGUGGUUUUUGCUACAACUUUUGUGGAAAGGUUAGAUUUCUUGUCACCCAACAUAAUGGAAUUGCCUGCCGGGCAAGGCUCUGGGUUUAUUUGGGAUACAGAUGGACAUAUCGUCACCAAUUUUCAUGUCAUUCGUUCCGCAACUUCUGCUAAGAUUACGCUAUAUAAUGGACAUAUCUACGAUGCAAAACUUGUUGGAGUCGAUCCGGACAAAGAUGUAGCAGUUUUGAAAAUCGACGCUCCCAAAAAUGAACUUCGACCUAUUCCUUUAGGUCAUUCUUCCGAUUUGAUAGUAGGUCAAAGUGCUUAUGCCAUUGGAAAUCCCUUCGGAUUAGAUCAUACCUUGACAACGGGAGUUGUUUCUGGAUUAGGAAGAACUAUGCGUUCUCCUACAGGUAAACCGAUAUCUAACGUUAUUCAAACGGAUGCAGCUAUCAAUCCAGGAAACUCUGGAGGAACUUUACUGGAUUCUUCGGGGCGCCUCAUAGGUAUGAAUACCAGCAUUUAUUCACCCUCUGGUGCAUCAGCUGGGGUUGGGUUUGCUAUUCCUGUGGAUACGUUGAAACCUAUUGUGUCCUCGUUGAUUAAAUAUGGCAAAGUUAUUCGACCAGUCAUUGGUAUCUCUUAUUUAGAUGGUACCCAAUCUUCUGCUCUAGGCAUUGACAGAGGAGUUUUAGUAUUAGAUGUUCAACGAGGGUCACCAGCAGAAAAGGCAGGAUUACGAGGUACCAGUCGAAGUCCACUUGGUAUCGAGUUGGGAGAUAUUAUUAUUGCGAUUGAUGGAAAAAGUAUAGGAAAUGAAGGUGAUUUGUUUCAAAUCUUGGAGGAAAAGAAACCAGGACAAACCAUUCGUUUGAAAGUCGACAGAGAUGGUCGUUUGAUAGAACUUAAACUUACUUUGGGAUCAUCCGGUUAAUUUGGAAAAUUCCUAUUGAAUAAAAAUCUGAUUU